CCGCGCAGUUUGCGCGGGGUCUACUAGUUUGUAUAUAUUCUAUUGAUUUAUGCUAAUUAGUUACCAUUACCAUGAACAGGAAUAUACAGUAGUCGAAUAAACGAGCGCUGUGUGUGCUGUCAUUGUCAAGUUCUAAAUGGAAUGAGCCUGAGCGAACGCAAGAGCUCCCCCUUUGCCUGGCUGAGAGACGGGGCUUGUGCUCUUGCAGCGCAUCGGCAAAAAUGUGCUACUUAGCUCUGUCUGUUCCUUGGCCACGUUCUCUCUUUUUCCGUCUCUCUCCUAAUUGCUUGACUACAAUACAAGCUCACAGAAACUUCUACAGAAAUACUGCGAAUUUCACUUCGUUUCUUUGAGUGCGAAUGCUACCGAACGCUUGACGGCUAAUAUUGCAAAAUAUGCGUAAAAUAAUUGCAUAUUAUUCCAAGCAGAAAUAACUCGUACAGCCCGUUAUCUGUUAUGAUCUGACGAGCCAGACGGUGGAAGUCUUUAUAUGUGUCAUUUCAAUGCAUCAAUGGCGACAUCCUCGAAUCUUUUUGCGAGAGAUAGUUGCAGUGGUCUGCAAUUCAAUAUGUCGAACACAGUAUUGGUUAAAUUGACUGAAAAUGUUUUUUGUCUCGGAUAUCUCCAGGACAUCGAAAAUAAUGAGGUUUUUAUUGACUUCGAUUCUGGAAGCGUACCGGCCCGUUGGAUGCAUACAAAAAAUAUCUGGCAGCACUCCUUAAUCAAGAAGCCCCAUCCAGUUAAUGUCUAUAUAGCUCUAAGAGCCAACAGCGGCCCAUGGCAGGGCGCUUACGUCUUCCGACCGGGCCAAAUUCUGAUGCCAUGUCACCCCUUAACGUUGUUGAUUUGCUGCAUUGCCACAUCUCCAACAACAGAAGGUGAAAAUAGCAACGCGUUUUAUGUCGUGCACCGAUGGCAAGUGGUAGCGGAAUUACCACAUUCCAACCAAAAUUCUAUUUUUGGUCGGCUGUCUCAAAUACCUUUUGUCAAACAUGUGAUUCCGUUGGAAGGGUCGGAUACAAUUGCAGUACCGGAUGAAUCCCGCAUUGUUAAGUUUCUGGACGCAGCAUUUCGUAACGCUCGCCCGUACGGUGGCAAAAAUCCACAAUUCAUUGCAAAAACGGAUCGCCUGUUCGUGAAACUAGAUGGCGACAAAAUUACCUUUGUAAUCUUGGACAUCCUGUGCCUCCGCUGUGUUCAUGGUGGAAGCGAUUUCUGGGCAGAAUCCAUUGGAGAGAAAAUGUCAAAUGCUAAAGGGCACUUGUUAGAAAGCGACUGCAACUCAACACUUGUCUCGAAAGAGAAAUCCGUGAAUACAACGAAAAGAAUUCGUGAACUCAGUUUCGCCGAUGUGAAGACAGAAGAUUCUGGCCAAGUGUCCAUCGCUGUGCUACCUUUGGAAAUCAUAUCUGAAAUCUUUGCAUACCUGGACAGUCAUUCAUUGGAUAACAUGCGCCGAAUAUGUGGAGCUUGGAACUUGUUACUGGCCAACAAUCACGUAUUUUCCGGCAUCGUAAUUAUUGAUUUUUACAAAAUCCGUAAGAAAUUUUAUCGCAUGGACACAGACGGAUACCGCAUUGCGUUCAUAUUGGACAAAUGUGUUUGCCAUCUUACCUCGAUACUUGUCCUUGUUAAUAUGACAGACUGCAGUGAAUUUUGUGCUGUCGAUCGUGCGAUUUCAUCUAUCCUGCGCCUAAAAAGUGUAUUACUGGGGAUGGUUAUAUUGAAGAAUUAUUAUCGGCCAGCUUUUUUGCCAUGCGUUUUGUACUCCGAGCCACCUUAUCCAAUCGAAGGAGCUUUAGCAACUCAAUUCCCGCUAUCGCUUGUUUCGAAACACUGCAAGCGUUUAAUUCUCGUCGAUUUCAAAGUCGCGAUCGAAAAUCGAGUGUUUUACUCCAGUAUGCCGAAAAUGCCUGGGUUUUGUCGGCCUUGUAACAACAUUUUGUUGACUACUACAAUACCGUAUCUAAGUUUGGAUAUUUCCCAAAGCAAUGAAAUUGAGGUUGCACGUAAUUUCAAAAACGCGUUGGAACAGCACUGUCUGCCACUGGAGGACGAAGCGAAACAUCAACUUAAGUUGGUGUAUACCAACUGGAUUCGUGAUGUCCCAUUUUCCAGAGCUGAAUGGACGGUGUUGAAAACUUUCCUCAAAUUCUACGACCUAAGUGUGCCUACCAGCCGUUUUUGGGAAAACCUCGAUUGGACGAAUUUCCAAGCUCUUCCUUUCGGAAAAUUGGCUCAAGCAAUCGCUGCAAGAGAUUAUUUGACAUUGUCCCCUAAUGUCUGACAUAAAGACGAAUUGUUCUUCACUGUAUGUGAAGUUGUGAACGAUGGAGGACAAUGAAACCCUAGCCCCAUGUUAGCUAUUUUAAGAUAUAGCCUGGCGUAAACACAACCAUUAACCACAUAGAGAACAGAAAAUAUCUAUCAGUUCUAUAUUUCGGCAUAAGCUGAUACUUGAU